AUGCUCCGGUCCAACACCACAGACUCUAUACCUGGAGGAGUUCCUCUCUCCGUGGACUUCAACAAUCCUGAAGAUUAUUUGAUCUUUAUUUUCCAGCUGUUAUUUGCUACAACCACUGUACUAGUGGCCGGGCCUGUAGUGGUUAGUAUCUUAUGCACCAGAACUCUGUACAUCCAGAACAGGUUCAUCUUCAUGCUCAACACCAGUAUCUGUGACACGCUGGUGGGCUUUUCAGUCUAUUACCUGGGUCUGUUCGAUGUUCAGGAAGGAUUUCCGUCCAGAAAUGGCACUUAUAAUCUUCUCCCUUCACUUCUUGGUGUAAACAUGAUGACCUUUCUGUUUGCGCAGUUCGACCGAUAUUUCGCCGUGUGCCACCCGUUCGCGUACGCGCGCCUCAUUACGCGCCGUGUCGUCAUCUCUGUCAAUGUCUACUGUUGGCUCCAUGUGUACACUCAGAGCAUUGUCGUACAGUUUUUGCCGUUGUCAAAGGCCGUUCAGCUGUAUGUGUUCAGUAUAGUGAGCUUACAGGUGAUAGUGGUCACCAAAGUGGUCAUGACUAUUAAACUGUUCGUCGUUGCUCGGUACCAGCUGGACAGAGACCCUCCGAGCGCAGAGAAGGACAACAACAAGGAGUCACUGAGGAUCAUCAUUUUUGCUGUCAUUAGCUUCUUGCUUUUGUGGGGUCCUUCUUUUGUCAAUAUUGUCCUCAGACUGUUAAUAGGACGCGGCUUGGUGUUCAGAAACGAGGCCACCAACCUGUUCGCCAACAUGGCCCGUUUUAACGCAGUGGUGACGUCAGUGGUGUACAUGUGGGGGAGUCCGGCUCUGAGACGGGCCCUGGUCCGGACCGUGUGGGGCCGGGUGUGUCCGAUAUGUAAGAAGACCAGGUAG